AACCAGCCAAUCUGGUACAUAAUGUGAGGGGCCUCAGCCAUCGCCGCACAAUCUGAACUUGUCCCAGCUCCCAAAUGGUGGGACUACGAACGCUGCUGCCAGCUACGCUUGGCACCCCUCUGCUCAAUCUUGCUACAUAUACGAAUUUGACUCUAAGCGUCCCUGCCAGAGCACCCGCCGGCGCCAGCGCUGUGCAGGGCAACUUUUUAGGCAUCUCGAUCGAGUUGAACAUAGUAAACACACUGAUUGGAGAGUCGCCCGAGUCGAUACCAAAGCCAGUCAUCAACCUUCUUUCAGCCUUGUCGUCGCGCACCGCGCAACCGCUACGGUUACGAAUCGGAGGGAACAGCGUAGAUGCAGGCUCCAAAUAUGACCCUAAUGCGAAGAAAAUGAUCAACUUUAACCUCAAUUCCACAUUCAAGGCUGUACCUAAUUUACCAGUGACCUAUGGACCUCAGCUCCUGACAACCCUGAAGAAACUGGGCGAUGUAGUGAACGGCAGUACGAAUGUACUUGGGUUGUCCCUCAGUACCCCCAAGAAUGUCGCGGACAUCAUUAAAUUCGUCUAUGAUUCUCAGCAAGUCUUAGGAGACUCCUUGUUAUCGCUGCAGCUGGGUAACGAGCCAGAUUCGUUCCCUUCCCACGGUUAUCGUCCCGAGAAUUAUACCAGGCAGCAAUAUUACGAUGACUUUCGCACAGUAACAAGCCAAUUCCAAUCCUCGUCUUUUGGGAAUCUUGUCUCCAAGCCGAUUCUCGGUGCACCGUCCUUCUGCUGCUCUUGGAACCUGGAUGAAUUGGUCCGAGAAGGCUUCAUAGCUCAGAAUGGUGGCGUUCUCAACUAUGUCCUGUACCAGCAUUAUCCGAAGUCGUCAUGUGUUCCUAACACAUGGGAUUUCUCGUACUUUCUCGAGCAUACCAACGUGGUUCAGUUUGCUCAAAUACAAGCGCCUGGGAUAGCUCUAGCUCGGGCUGCAGGCAAACCUGUCAUUCUCUCGGAGUUCAACUCCGUGUCAUGCGGUGGGAAGCGAGGACAAUCAGACACAUUUGGCGUUGCGAUGUGGACUAUAGAUUUUGUCCUAUCACUUGCAAUCAACAAUGUGACAGCGGCAUACAUCCACACCCGAGAAGUGGGGAUCUCGUACAAUUUAAUCAAUCCCCCCAACCCCCGCAAUCCAGCUUGGAGCGUUGGCCCUCAGUAUUAUUCCAUGUUAUUCCUUGCAGAGGCGUUGAAAGGCGUGCCUGGAGACCCUUCGGGCUCAGUCAUCGUCGCGGACCUAAACCUUCCCACUUCCACCACCGCGUCUCUCGCUGGAUACGCCAUAUACGAUCAGAAGGGUGAAAUUCUUCAGCGGAUUGUCCUUAUCAACUAUGGGGAUAUACGGACUACAGAUUGCUCCGCGAGGCCGGCGUUUACAUUUACUGUGCCUCCUAGCAUUCUUCCUGCUUCUAACAACAGAACCCUUAGCACGAAAUAUUUUACAGGGGGAUGUGUGACAGAGACAAAUGCCAGUGUUCUUACUUGGGGUGGGCAAGCUGUUGGUGGUGAUGGCAUGUUGUCGUUGGGAUUACCUGCGCCGAACGAGAGCGUGAUAGCUUGCUCGCAAGGAUGCGAAGUAUCAGUCCCUAGUCCAAGCGUCGUGCUGAUAAACCUAGACGGGAGCCAUUGAAGGGCUCUCUUGCAGGGGACACAAGGGCGAGCGUGGCGAGUCCCACCUAGAUGAUCUAUGCUGCGGCCACAAGCAGAAACGAAGGCUUCAAUGAAGCUGUAACCAUUUAGCAUUCAUUUGGCUCCUGCACUUUUGUCGUCAGGGAUUUUAUCAUUACAUAUCGUUUAUGAUGUUUUGGUCGCAUGAUUAUUGUUCGACUCAACAAAUUAAAGGAAUUAUGGGGAGAG